AUGCUUGCCUCUACCCGCUCCAGUCUCCUUCAGACCGCCUCGGCCGCCAAAUCCCGCGGCUUCGCCUCCUCAGCCCGCAAGCUGGACUUGUCAAAGGUCGUCCUGCUCGGUCGUCUAGGUAAUGACCCCGUCCUUCGCACUACUUCCUCGGGCAAACCAUACUACUCAUACAAUGUGGCUACCUCUACCGGACCGCCCAAGGAAGAAGAAGGCAGAACGCCCGCUCCCUCGACAGUGUGGCACACCGUCUUUGCCUUCAAUGAGGGAUCGCACGCCGGUCUCGCACGCGUGGGCAAGGGAUCCUCUGUGUACGUAGAGGCGGACCUGGAGAUGCGUCCUACCCAAUCCAGCGAUGGUCAGACCCAGCAUGACCGCGCAUUACUUCGGCAUCUGACCAUGCGUGUCAUCUCACGCGUAAAGCCUGCGGGAGAGGAGGACAGCGCGGCCGACGAGUAG